AAUUCGAGCAUUAAUCAGCUAUUAUGGCGGACCAAACUAUAAAUUAUUAGAACAGGAAAUACAAAAGACAUUUUCUAAUUGGCCCACAUUGAAUGAAAGUUUCAGCAAUGGGAGGCCGGUUACUUUGGAGGAUUGCGGAGUUGCAUUGGAUCAAGUCAGGGAAGCAUAUCAAAUCUUGAUGGAAUUGCCUGUAAAUAUAAGAGCAAAUAUCAUAAGAGCAAUGAUGAGAUCAGUUGAAAGCAUAUUGAAAAGGCCCGGAAGAAUGUUGAAACGAAAAGAAGACAUUAAAUUUUUAAUGAUAAUCCUAGAGUCGCAAUAUCAUCAUCAAAUUGUACAAAGAGUUUUUGGUCUACUAUCCAAUUUGAGUAAUGAGCUACAUCACUUUUUAGUCAACUGGUUUGCACGACAUUCAACGGACAUAUUUCGGAAACGUGUUGAACUUGUUAAUUUAUUCAUAUCCUUUAGGCUUUCAAAACAGCCAAUGGCUACUGUGCCGGGAGGUCCUCUUGCUUAUGAAUCAGAUUGGCAAAUUAAUUCUGCAGCCAGAGUAAUGGCGUUGUUUUUUGCUGCAAAUAAACAAAAGAAAAAAAUUCAAAUAUCAGAGUUUUACAACACAAGGGUAGAUUACAUAUCGCUAAUAGAUGAUUUUAAUACAUGGGAACAACGCUCUGGAAAAUUCACAUUUUGUCAAUAUCCAUUUCUGGUAAGCAUGGGUGGGAAGACGACAAUAAUGGAGUAUGACGCAAAACGGCAAAUGGAAACAAAAGCAAAGGAAGCGAUUCUCUCGUUUCUUUUUCAAAAACGAGCUGCAACACCGCAUUUGAUAUUAAAAGUCCGAAGGGAUUACUUAAUUGAAGACUCAUUAAGUCAAAUUUCUGAAAAUGAAAUGGAACUGAAAAAAUCACUAAGGAUAGAAUUUGUGGGUGAAGUUGGAGUAGAUGGUGGUGGUCUCCGGAAAGAAUGGUUUUUAUUAUUAGUGAGGCAUUUAUUUGAUCCACAGUUUGACUCCAGGCUUUGUUGGUUCAAUCCUGCCAGCUUUGAAUCAAGUGAUCAGUUCUAUCUAGUCGGUGUAGUGAUAGGCCUUGCGAUUUAUAAUUCUACAAUAUUGGAUGUACAUUUUCCAUUAGCAUGUUAUAAAAAAUUACUUAAUGUGCCUGUUGGGUUGGAGGAUUUAAAAGAAUUUCGCCCGGCAUUUGCAAGAGGGUUGGAACAACUUCUUACGUUUGAGGGUGACGUUGAAUCCACUUUUUGUCGAGAUUUUGUUGGCGAAUACGAAGUGUUUGAUGAAAUAAAAAGGGUCCCUUUAAAAACCAAUGGACAAAAUAUACCGGUAACCAACGCUAAUAGGAAAGAAUAUGUUGAGAAAUAUGUAAAUUUCAUAUUGAAUGAUUCAGUAGCAAAGCAGUUUGAUCCAUUCAGACGUGGCUUUAAUCAUGUGUGUAGCGGUAAUGCAUUAUCGCUUUUCCAACCUGAAGAAAUAGAACUUUUGGUUCGUGGUAGUGCAGAACCAUUGGAAAUUGAGCAGUUACGCUCAGUAACUAUAUACGAAGGUUUCCGAGAAGAUGAAGCUACCAUAAUACAUUUCUGGGCCAUUUUUAAGGCUAUGGAUCCUAUGACGCAACGCAAAUUGCUUACGUUUGUAACAGGGACUGAUAGGAUACCCGCUACAGGAUGUGCGAAUUUGAGUUUUAAAAUAUCAUAUUAUGGAGAAGAUAGCGAAAGAUUUCCAAUUGCACAUACUUGUUUUAAUCAGCUUUUCCUAUAUCGAUAUCGUACAAAAAGGAAGCUGGAAGAAAAAUUGUUAAGAGCUAUAACGGAAAGCGAAGGAUUCUGGUUAAAAUAA